GUAGUAUUGAAGUUAUAAAUAUUAUAUAAUGUCCUUUUAAAAUUACGGUUAUUUAGUUGAGAAUUGACUCACGUGGACGGAUUCGGUACGCGCAGGAUGGUUUGAUUGCGAAGUGAUGUAAUCCAAGAUGACUCUUUCUUCUUUUCAGUCAACUGUAAAUUCUAUAAAACUAGUAGAAAGAAACAGUAGAUUGAUUAUAUAUUAUAAAAUAUAAUCACAGAUUUGCUAGACAUACUCAUAUAUCUUCUACGAUGUCAGCAAGCAGCGCAUUCUACAAUAUUACACCAAAGCUUUGGAAUAAGCUACUGCACUUUUCCAGUUUCCCUCAAACUGGUAUUUCACUCCAGCAGAUGGUCAUGUUCGGAUCAAAUCCUUCCCAGGGCACUUUACUAAGAGCUGGGAAUUUCCUUUCCGAGGAACUUCCGAUAAGAUUGGCACACCGAUGCGUAGAACUCAACACCCUACCGAAUAACUUAUCUCAAAUGCCGAGUAUACAACGUGUUCUCGGUUGGUACGCCCAUUCAUUUGACGAAUUAAUAAACUUCCCACCGCCACAACUCAGCGCAGAAGUUAGGAAUCAAUUAUUUGCACAAUCUAACAAAAUCGGCAAACUUCCAGAGGCUAAGCCGAAUCUCGCUCAACUUGAAGACGAACACACACCGGGACCGGUUAACCCAAUUCAGAAUAAUGGCUCAAAGAAUAGAAGAAUUCCAAUCGAAUAUAGGUAUCAUGCUGAAACGCCAAACUACGAGUGGCCGAUUGAAGUUGGAGAGUAUAAUGAAAAUUUUACUAGACUCUUAGAAGGUAUAAAGAAGAGACAUGAUACUGUUGUGCCCACUAUCGCUCAAGGUGUUUUAGAGUAUAAGAAACACAGGCAGCACAUUGGUAGGGGUGUCGAUACCGACAUACAAUCAUUUUUGGAUAGAUUCUACAUGUCCAGAAUUGGUAUCAGAUUCUUAAUUGGUCAACAUAUCGCUCUUAAUAGCAUAAACCAGCCGAAAGAUUACGUUGGUAUUAUAUGCAAAUCAACGAACGUUAGAGAUGUCUGUGAUGAGGCUAUCGAUAACGCUAGAUUUAUAGCAGAAGAUCAUUACGCUUUGUUUAAACCACCACAAGUUCAACUUAUUUGUCCUGAAGAUCUCACUAUUAGCUACGUUCCUGGACACCUGAAUCACAUUGUUUUCGAAAUUAUCAAGAACUCUCUCAGAGCUGUCAUCGAAAGAUUCGGAGUCGACGCUGAAGACCAAAUGCCACCAAUUAAAGUUAUAGUAGCCGCUGGUAACGAAGAUAUCACUAUUAAGAUUUCUGAUGAAGGUGGUGGAAUACCUCGUAGUGCAAUACCUUUGAUAUGGACUUAUAUGUACACAACAAUGGAAGGCAAAGGACUUGAUCCUGAAUUUGAGCAAUCAGGUAGCGAUUACAAAGCACCAAUGGCUGGUCUUGGUUAUGGUUUACCAUUGUCUAGGUUAUAUGCCCGUUAUUUCGGUGGUGACCUUCGCCUUAUCUCCAUGGAAGGUUAUGGAACUGAUGUUUAUAUUCAUCUAAACCGUCUAUCCUCAAGCGCAGAGCCACUUCAAUAGCUACUUUAUUAUGUACUCAUGAUGUAUUAUCAAUUUGUUAUACAAUUACAUAUAAAAUAUACAAGAAGACUGAUGCAUCAUUCAGCUCAUGUUUGUUCUUUCGUUCACUCAAGCUCCUCUUCAUCAUCAUCAACUAAACCUACAACAAAUUUGUCUGCUUCUUCUGAAGCAUCCUUGGCUUCUUUGUAAAUACCAACAUCAUUUUCGUUUGAAUUGUGAUCAUCGUCAUGAGCGUCGUCAAUCUGGCUGCCAGGGCUACCAAAAGUUGAUGAGAUUCUUUUAUAUGAUCCUUUUAAUAUUCUCUUAAGUGUGUGUUGAUCUGGUAGUGAUAAACUCGCUUUAUGUUCAAUACCAUUAGGUAAUGCUGGUAUUAUAUGUUGUAUUGAAGACAAAUCUAAGUUGUCCGUAUUAUCAGUGGUAUCGUCAUUUAACUUGUUCACUUUAACCUCAGGGCGUACUUUGUAUAUUUGCGAUUUCAUCAAGACAGAAGUGACAUCAUUGUUUAGCAUAUCAGUAGUGGCGAUCUUCCUAAAUUCAAAUUGACGUGAAGUGAAAAUACUACGUAAACUUGAAAUAUCAAAUGUUUCAAUUUCUCCUUUUGCUAUUUGUGAAGGAUGUACUGAACUACCUUUUGAUGCGCUACUUGUGGCCUUUUUCAUUGGUUGACUACCGCUCGUAUUUUCACCUGUUUCACUAGUACUAUCUAGACAUGCAUCAAUAUGUGAAUGUUUACUUCCAUCUUCUUUCUCAAAUUCUUUCCAAGUCAACUUAUAAUCCCAUUUAAUGAGUUGUUUGAAAUCAUUAUCGUGGGUAUACCCAAUAAGUUUGCUUCUUUCGCCAUCUGCAAAUGAGAAUGUAACGCUUCGAGGUAAUCCAUGAUUUUCUUCUAAUAUCUCAGAUUUGAUUUUGAUUACGCUAGAGAGUGUAGUGGAGAGUGAUGUAUACUUCGAACCAAACUUUAUAGGUUCGCCUGUAACGUGAGAAUUGGUAAUAGCACCUCCAGUAUUUGGAUUAAGGGGGUAAAUAUGCGUCGUGCCUUUCUCUGUGGUGACAGCACACCAUCUUUCAUCUUUGCUCCAGGCAAUAGAAGUAACACGAGCUGUUGUAUAACCUCUCCUGAGCGCAUAGCGAUGCCAAACACUAUCAUAUUCUGCGGUGUUAUCAAAUAAUGGACGUGGUCGUAAUUCAUAUACGUGGAAUGUGUGUGCGUUAAUAUCUGCAACCAAAAUUGAUCUACCGGAAGGACUGAGUGAUAUAGCUGAUAAGUUUGCAAUAGAAGCAGUGAAUAGCGCUACUGUGCGACCGGAAACUAUGUCAAGUACUCUAACUACGCUUGGCUUUCUAGUGAAUAAUCCAUUUUGUUCAGCUAGACUCGCUGGUGAAACGCUCAUCAGAGGUGGUGAUGAAGCCUCUAUCGAUGGAGAAGUCAGUGGUACUGAUUUACUAAAUGUGUUGUUAUAAUAGUUUUGUAUAACGUCAAACGUCCUAUGACCCUGCUUGUAGCCUUCUUCGAGGUAGCUAGCAACAUGUGAAGCUAUUUCAGCGGUUGUGUAGCUCGGUCUAUCAGAAUAUUUAAGAUUUUUGGAUGCUAAUAUACCUGAACUUGACUGUGGCGGUUGUGACGUAUAUAGAUAAGCCAAAUACCUAUUUGCAAUACUAGAAAUGCGAGGGCAGGGUGAUUCUAAAGAGUGUAGUGUCUGUAAAUCAUGAUCUAAUAUGUGUAUUUCUGUCUCUGUGGCUGCAGAAAUAUAGUUUUCCGUUGUUGAUAUAUUGGUAAUAGCAGAGUUGAAAUGUACAGAUUUUAUGGUUUCUUCGGAGGGUAUAUUGAGUUCUCUGAUAGUUUCUGGCUCAGCAGUUGUGC